CAAAAAAAAGUGACAGAUAACGGUUUUUCGCAGCUGAGGCAAUGUUUUAUUUUGCAUUAUUUUUGUAAAAUUAAAAUUUGAGUAAAUUAAAAGCAGAUAAAUGUGGCGUACUCCGCGUAGUUCCGUUCCAGUGAGUGGGAGACACGUACGCAGGAAGUUCAGAAAGUACGAUGCCCUCGUAAAUUCCCUGAAAUCAUCCACGAAAAAAACUGAUGGUGCAAGGAAGCAGAAGAAAGUUAUCAAUUUUCUGGCAAUUCAAGAGGUCCAUAAUUUGAAAAACUUUUGGAACAUUGACUACGAGAGGGAUUUCUUUGAAGCACUGAAGGGAGCCGAGAUGAGAAAUCGUCCGGAUAUUGAAUUGCCGGAUUUCUCGGAUAUGCCCAAUCUGAAGGAGCUGCGAUCAUGUUUGCUGUUGCUACAGAAGCACAUAGCACAGCAUGAGAGUAUGAGUCGGAAUGCCCUCCAUUUGGGCGUUUACUUGUUUGACAUUUUCAUCAGCACCGUUAAUGCUUCCGUUGUGAAUAUGUACUUUGUGGCCGGAGUUUGCCUCUUUCUGGCCUCCAAGCUUGAGGACACAGACAGCCUGGCAUCCACAAUUAGUACCUUUGACACAUAUUUGAAUCUCAAGGAACCCACACGGCAUGUGGACUACAUCAAGACGGAAUUCAAUCUCAUGAAGAUGAUGGAUUUCAAGCUAACAAUCCCAACUGCCGUCACAUUUGUGGAUUACUUCAUUUGUGCCGUUGUCUCUCCGCAAGAUUUCACCGCGGACAAUGCUGGAAUUUUUGGUACCUAUGAGGCAUUCCUCGAAAAUGCCCAUAUGUCCGUUCUGAAUCUCCUCGAUGGCACUCUGGAUGACCCAGCGCUCGUUCAGGAAGUCCCAUCGAAAGUUGCAGCAGCGUGUAUACUCAUUACACGCACAAAUCUCCGCCUCUGCUCUGUGUGGCCAGAGAAACUCGUCGAAAUGACAAGGUACUCAGUGUCUGAGAUUGUCCUUUGUGCAUCGAGAGUCGUGAAUGCCAAUGAAAAAUCCAACCCUCUGCGGAAGCCGGAAUUUUACUCCCCAGAUUCCGGCUAUAGCACCACCAUGGCCAGUUCUCCGGCAGAUGAUAGCGAUCUCUCCCUCGAAUCCGAUGAUUCUCGCGAUGAAUCAAUGUCUGUGGAUGAAUAAAUCAACCACUCAUCCCAUCGAAUUAAAUAUUAAAUACAAAUUUCAGUGAAGUUGAUCCUUUUGAUGAGGAAAUUAUUAAAGAAAAGAAUUUUUCUUGAUAAAAAUCAAAA